AUGGUCCUUAAAGGCGAAGAUCAACAGAGUCUGGUGGCCUUUAUCCUGCUGCGAUCUCGAGCAGAUUCGCAACUGCCAGUUGUCUCUUUCCUGAUUCCAUCAUCUGAUAUCUUCCGCAUCAAGGUUCAGGCAGCCAGCACUUCGUUUUCGACUACCUUAACCAUGCUGCCUGACUUUUAUGUGUCGCUCCACCAGGUGCCACUGACCAUCAGCCACAAAACAAGCCGCAAAUACCUACCUCAAUUGGAUAGCGAGAAGAAUAGGCAGAGUUUCAAUGAUUUCAUGUGUUAUCGGAGGAAGCGUCUGACUCUGGUGACCCAGACCAAACGUGUUUUGCGCGGUGUCUUUGCAGGACCAUGA